UCUUGUUCAUAUACGAUCGAUACAGACAGCUAGGGACACACAUAAUAUGGCUCGUGUGUCGCUACGUAGGCCGUAUCCAAUAUGGCCAGCGAUUUCUGGACCUCGACGCACUGCAACACCUGGCUGAUACCACUUCCGACUCUGGACCACCUCCUCCUCACUCUCCCGGACCACGCUCUCUACUCCCUUCCUAUUCCCUCGAUCCUCACCCUCCAUAUACAUUUCAGCUCCCUCAUUCACAAACUCUCCCGCAAGAUCUCCUUGCGCCAAUCAGCCAUCGCCACAGCCUGCGUCUACUUCAAACGGUUUUACACCAAGAACGCCUUUGCGGAGACAGACCCUUUCUUGGUCCUCAUCGCCUGCGUUUACGUAGCCGCCAAGGUCGAAGAAUGCCCCGUCCACGUCAAAUCCGUCCUCUCCGAAGCCAGGGCCUGUCUAUCGGAACAUUCCCCGAGGCCGCUCCCAACGGACUAUACCAAGCUGGCCGAGAUGGAAUUCUAUCUGCUGGAAGAGUUGCAGUUUGACAUGGUCGUCUAUCAUCCGUAUUCGACGUUGAUGAGCGUUUGUGGGAGGGAGGUCUUGGAUGAUGGGUAUUGGAGCGACGACGAAUACGAUCCGAACGACCAGGACGGGGAUGUGGAUAUGGAACCGUCUAGCGAGAAUGAAGGCGACCAAGAUGAGGACAGCGGGGCAAAGUCGAUCCUCAAGCAAAUGAAACGUCGGGAAAGGAAACGAGGCAAGCGGCGGCAAGGCGAGACGGAGCAAGAUUGGAUAAACAGGGUUUGGGGAAGAGGGUCGGGGAGGGGAAGUUGGCAGGUCGACGAUGGGGUCUUUCAGAUGGCUUGGUUCAUAAUCAACGACUCGUACAAAACACACCUCUCGCUCCUCUAUCCUCCUUAUAUGAUCGCCCUCGCCGCCCUCUACCUGGCCUUUUCGCUGGAAGACAAAUCGUCCACCGACUCUCAUCGCCUGAGAGGAAAGAGUACCCAUAACAACACCGGCCAUCAUAACAAUUUGACCCCAGGCAUCGGUGUAUAUGGUAGUGGCGAUGGCGACAACUCGACGGAAGACUUCGAACCCAUCAAACUCUUGACCCGGACCAUCGCUCCCCGUCUCUUCGCCUCGCUCGACGUCUCCCUGCCGAUGUUGCUCUCGAUCGUCCAACACCUCGUCUCGCUCUACCCGCUCUGGGAUUCCUUUGCGCCCCGUCGCAAUCCAGGACAGGGAACAGCACCUGGAGCUGGAGGGCCGGGAUCGGGGUCAGGGUCGGACCCGAAAGCCCACUUGAUGGCUUACCGGGCCGCGCAGGCAUUGAGGAGAGCUCAAGCCGUGGACAAGGAGAGGGAGGGAAGGGAGAUGGUUCUGAACGCGAGGGAGAGUACGAAGGCUCAUCUUCAGGCCAACACGAACGCAGGCGCCAUCUCUAGCGAAGGUCGAGCUGACCCGCAGAACGCGUCUUUGUCCAACAAGAACCCGUUACCGCCUUCCACAUCGACACCAAUCCCGGAAGAAAGGCCGAAACGAUACCCAGAAAAUCCCGUCCGAUACCCUCCUGGACCUCAUCUGACGGAAGAAGGCGUCCCGACAUUGCUGACGACCUUGUGGCGCGAGGUGGCGAGUCGGCAAGAGAGAGCGGCGCGAGAGGGGCGGCGUGCGGGGUAA